AUCUAAUUGAUUCCACAUCGUUCCCGUAGAGACUUCUGGGGACCACUGCCUGAGAACCGUCACGGAGCUGUCGUCCGCAACGCGUGAAGGAGGUACACACGAUGCGUGGGCGCAUGUACAGUAGAAUGCUCGAAACCCCAUGUUCGGUAGCAGCGCUGCAAUCGAAGACCCUGCGCCGGACAUGCGAUUGACCACGUGGGAGACAGACGAUGUGCAUCACCAUUAUCAUCUGAACUACAUGCACAUGAGACAACCUUGGAAUAUGUGGAUCAACACCAAAAAAGAUGCGCCCGGUAGUCCCUUAUUCAUUCCUUCAUCCCGUCCAUCCAUCUGUCCGUUCAUCCAUCAUCCUUCCGAUUUCAUGAAACAAAAUGCGGGAUUGAUGAGUGGCCGAAAGGCAAGUGAGGCAUGUCCAUUGACAUUUCCUCAUCAACCCUUCAAGACUGGUCAUUCAUCAAUAAUAAUAAGUCCAUUCAGUCAUUCCUUACCACAGAUCAUCUCAUCCUUCCGCGUUUCCAGACAUUGCUCUCCAUAUCUUCCCCUCUCUUUAGAUACACACACCGUGUAUGCGCGUGUGCAUUCCGUCAGAGAGAUCACAGAUCAGACCGGGCGAAGAAGGAGGGAAAUAUGUACACAAAGACAUUCCCACCGCGACCAACGAUGCCUUGCUGUACUUAUGGCAAAGUGGGGUAUUGUUACAAUGAGUAAGGACAGCAAGGGCGACUCUCCUCCUCGUCUUCCUCGUCUCCACCAUCAUCGAUCAUCACGAUGCUGGCGAUCCGUCCGACAUCUACCACUUUUCUUUCCAGCCACACUUCCGUCACGCAUCAUCAUCGCGCAAGACUUGACAGAAGACCGCCCCAUCAAUGCAGGUUUCGCACUUCGAGCACCGAUAGGAUCAACUGUGAUAUUCAUAAUGGUUGUAGUGCAGAUCUUGUCAUUUUGUCUCUCUGUAUCUAGCUUGAGGUGUUUCUCCGUUGUUAGGGUUGACAUUACCCCAACCGCUUCAAAGCUCAAACGGCCCAGCUUUCACACCACCCGUCCACCGAGAUUCCGAGACGAAGAACAAGAAGAGCACCGGAAUUUCCCGUCGGGACAGAAACAAACAAUCUUUUCAGAGGAAGAAAAAAAGAUAGGAUUUUGCAUUCCAGAAAAAAGAAGCCACGUGAAUUGAAAUCUCUCGUGAAAAACCCACAUGCUAUGCACUUAACACACAUCCCCACCCUCUCGGUGACGACAACAACAACAAAACCAGCUAAUCCUAACAUCUCAUCCCCAACCUUCCCGCCGCGGCACUCAAUUCCGCGAAGAGGAGGGUGUAAUCUACAUAUGACUGCUGCUGCUGUUGCGAAUCGGAUUCCUGCGCACCGUCUUUCCUUGAGGACUCGAUGAAGAGAUCUCUGGGACCGAUGGGCAGAUCGGUUACAGCGUAGGCACCGACGCUGCUGCUGCUGCCAGUAUCGCGAGCAGAUCGAUGGAAGCCCGAGUCGGCUCUGCUGCGGUGAUGCUGAGGGAACAGGAGGCUGUUGAUAUCGA